GUGGAUUUGUGGAGGACUGCUGCUCUCUCUCGCACAGAGAAAUCUGUGUAAGAUGCAGGACAGUAAACAUGUAGCAGCCGUGACCGGAUCGACACGCGGUGAACUCCAGAUGCUGCGCGUGAAGGAUCGAGCCAUUUGAAAGGUUAUGGAUCCGAGCCUUCCUUCUGUCAUCCUUUUCAUCCUGAUUGGCUAUGUUUUAAGCUCUUUUGAUAACCGCCACCACAAUGUCACCCGCCGGUACGACUACUGCGUGCUUGGAGCCGGCCCCGCAGGACUGCAGAUGGGAUAUUUCCUCUCCAAGGCCAGGAGAAACUAUGUCAUCUUGGAGAGGAACUCGGGACCCGGCAGCUUCUUCAACAAGUAUCCCAGGCACAGGAAGCUCAUCAGCAUCAAUAAGAUCUACACCGGAAGGGGGAACCGAGAGUUCAACCUGCGCCACGACUGGAACUCGCUGCUGAGCGAUAAACCUGACCUCCUCUUCAAGAGGGUCAGCGAUGACUUUUACCCGCCCGCUGACGCCUUCCCUCAGUACCUGUCCUUGUUUGUGGGGGAGCUAGGGUUGAGGGUACAGUAUGGUGUUGAUGUUGGGAGGAUCAGGGCAGUGCAGUCUGCAACGGGAAGACACUACAUCCUGACUGACCAACAUGCGUCAGACUACACGUGCAGCGUCCUCCUGGUAGCCACGGGCCUGUGGGUUCCUCACACGGUGGACUUUGUCGGUGCAGACCUGGUUGAGGGCUAUGAGUCCAUCUCCACUAACCCCGACGACUACAAGGACCAGGCCGUGCUCAUUCUGGGAAAGGGAAACUCUGCUUUUGAAACAGCCCAGAGCAUCUUAGGAAGAGCGAGUCGGGUGCACAUGCUCAGUUCCAGCCCCGUUCGCCUUGCGUGGCAAACGCAUUACGUGGGAGAUCUCAGAGCUGUGAAUAAUGAGCUGAUAGAUACGUAUCAGCUGAAGUCCCUCGAUGGGCUGGCGGAGGCCCGUCUGGAGAAGAUCGUUAUCGCUCAACAAAAGGAGGAAGGCAAGAGGAGACUGGGUGGAAAGAAGAAAGAGAAAAGGAAACAGCUGUAUCUCACGUUAAAUAAGUACAUGCACAGUAGGAACAGUUUUGAUGCGACACAGGAAGAACUGCCGGGGCAUCACAUCGACAACUUCCCCAUGCGAAAACCCUAUGAUCGAGUCAUCCGAUGCCUCGGAUUCCGGUUCAACUUCAGCAUAUUUGACAGCUCCGCCUGCCCACCGAACAGUGAAAAUGCCAAAGGGAGGUUGCCUGAGUUGACGCCCUGGUACGAAGGGAAGAACACCCCGGGUUUGUUCGUGCUGGGAACUGCAUCUCACUCCAGAGACUAUCGCUCAUCUGCUGGCGGCUUUGUGCAUGGAUUCCGUUACACAGCACGAGCUGUACAUCGUUUACUUGAACACCGUUACCACAGGAACGCGUGGCCAUCAACACAACUGUUGGCAACACAUUUGCAGUCGUGGAUUCUGAAGCGGGUCGACGAGGCCUCGGGGCCAUACCAGAUGUUUGAGGUGCUUGGAGAUGUCAUACUUCUUCGAGGGUCUCACUGUGAAUACUUGGAAGAGUUUCCACUCCAGGCCCUGCCUCAGCUCUCCUCUCUUUCUGGCCACGAUGUCUCCAUGCAUGGACUAAUAGUUGUAGUCAUGCAAUAUGGGAAGAAGAAAAUAGACUAUCUGGGGCGCAGCAGGGCAGAAACAGAGUGGACUAAUGCUUGGAAAUCCAACUUUCUUCACCCUGUUUUAUACUACUAUAAAACACUACCUUCUGUGGAAGAAAUGAAGCUACGUCCCAACGGCUGGCCUUUACCGCGCCCCCAAGCCAUUCAUCACAUAGUGGAGGACUUCCUCACAGAAUGGGACGCUCCAAUAUCUCACAUCCAGCCACUGCGACGCUUCCUGGAGCACUGUCUCCAGACUGACCUCAGGGCCUUCUAUGCAGAAUCCUGCUUCCACUUAUCCCUCACCCACCGCAUGCCACCACUGUUUUGCCAGCAGGGAUACCUGAAGCAGCAGGGGAUCCCUCGCAACAGCCAGCUGCGACAGCGCGUUCAUGACGCAGGACUGACGCACACCGAGCAAGACGUAGGCACAUCCGAUGCUGACUCGACAUUUCCAAAUUACCUGGCACCAGCUGGAGCAUCCGUAUCUUCAGGACUGAAACUUGACUUAUGAUUGUUUUACCUAAGCGUGCAGCAUGCACCUGUAAGAUUUUUCAGAAUUGCUACCUCCAGCACUUGCAGUCAUUACCUCCACGAGGCCAAAUCUUUUUUGGACAGAAUGCCAUCCUACAGAUCUGUGUUUCACAACCUGUUUACCGGCUUGAAACAAAGCAGUUUUUCUUAGAGAGUUCUGCUGCUUGAUUGUUUCAACCAAAGACUAAUUCUCCCUUCUUUAUGUUAUUAGUAUUCAAAGUAUUAAAUAAAACAAAGAACUACAAUUAUCCUUUAUUAUAUCACGUUGAUAUAUUUCCUAUUCUCUAAGCUGACUGCUGAUGCUUUAGAUAUAUCAUGUGACCAUCAUUGGGAGUCAAGACCUGCAGAUUGGAAACCACUGCUCAUCACUUUAGGGAGAGGUACGCUGUCCCAUAAAAGCUCCCAAGUAAUUAUUUUCACAAGUGUUUGUAUACAGGAUGUUGUGUGUUAUUUUCAUAUCAUGCAGAUCUAUAUAUCAUGUAAAGCUCUACAGGUGGAGGGUGGGUAUCACAAAUAUUUAUGCAUAAAAAUUAUGGUAAAUGAUUAAACAAACAUCAAAA